CUCGCGGGAGAAAAGUAUUAAUUAUCGUUUUUAAUUGUUUUAUGUAGGCGGUUAAUUGUACGAAAGUUCCUUAUUAAGUUAGUGAUUCGUAAAUCAUUUGACAUGUAAAAUGAGCUUUUCCGUGAAAAAAACAGGUGGUAGAAUGUGGCAUGAAGCGCGGAAACAGGAAAAGAAAAUUCGUGGAAUGCUAGUAGAUUAUCGCCGUCGAGCUGAACGUCGACGAGAUUAUUAUGAAAAAAUUAAAUCAGAUCCUACACAAUUUCUACAACUUCAUGGGAGACCAUGCAAAAUACAUUUGGAUCCAGCGAUAGCUACAGCUGGUAAUAGUCCUGCAAAUAUGAUGCCAUGGCAAGGAAAUGAAGACAAUCUUAUUGACCGUUUUGAUGUACGUGCACAUCUUGAUUGGAUACCAGAAGCACCAGAUUCUAUUGAUGUAGAUAUUGCUCUUACUAGUGAAGAUAGACAUAUCAAUUAUGAACGCUAUCGUAUAAUUGUUCAAAAUGAAUUUUUAGGAGUAACAGAAGAAAAAUUUCUACACCAAAUACAUUUGGAAGAACAGUUUGGUUCGUCUACAAAAUUAGAUUCUGCAAGAGAUAAAAAGAAAUCUUGUAAUAAUGUAGCUAUUGGGUACAAUUAUGAGACGGAAGAACCAAUACCAGAAACAAUAAAAUCAUUAGAUAGCAUUGUAUCAGAAGAAAAAGCAGAUGAUGAAGAUAGUGAUAUUGAUUUAGAUAUUUGUGUAGAUGUAUCUCAGAUAGAGCCAUCACAAGCACACGAAAUGAAUUUAGUAGCUCAAAAAUAUGGACUUUUAGGAGCUGAUUAUUUUAGUUUCUUAACGCAGGAUUUUGAAGAAGCCGAGACAUUAAGACAAGCACGUAAACAGGAAGAAGAAAAAGCUAUGUACUCGGGCAGAAGGUCACGUAGAGAAAGACGUGCAUUUAGAGAAAAAAAAAUGAUUGGCAGAGUUAUGAGUCCACCCAGUUACGCAGCAAGAGAGAGUCCUGAAUACAAUCCUUAUAGAAAAUCUUCGUCUAAGUCUCGUUCAAGAUCUGUAUCACCUAUAAAUGCUGGACAAAUUACUUACAUUACAAGUUUUGGCGAUGAAGAAGAGACUCAUGGAAGUUCAUCCCAUGUUACUUCCUCCAGUUCAAGAAAAGUCAAUUACGCCCAUCUCAGACGAAGAAGAUCAGACAGCCCAACGUUAAGCGAAAGAACAAUUAACAGAAAACUUUCAAAAUCGAGGUCAAGAAGUUGCUCUCGAUCUGUUAAUAAAUCUAAAUCCUACAGAAAUCGUGAAAGAAAACGUAGCAUGUCAAGAAUGAGAUCAAGAAGGACACGAUCGCGACACAGAAAAGUUACGAGAUCUCGAACUCGAAGUCGUUCGAGACGAUCGCGAACUCGAAGUAAAUCUAGAUCUCGUUGCCGAAGUUUUAGUAGAUCUCGUUCACGUACUGUUUCAAGAUCCAAAACAAGAUCUAGAUCUCGUUCACGUCCAAACAGGUCUCGAAGUUUAUCUUCGAGUAGUAUAUCUAGAUCAAAAUCAAAAUCAAGAUCAAGAUCAAGAUUACGAUCAAAUUCAAGAUCUAAGUCGCACAAUAGAAGUCAUUCAAGAGAUAGUUAUCGACGAAGACAUUAUUCUCCAUCGAAGUCAGAAUCUAAAUCUCGAUCCAGGACUAAAUCUCAAUCUAGAUCUAGAUCAAGAAGUCAAUCUAGAUGCAAACGAUCUCGAAGCGUUGAAAAUAAAGCUCCAACACUGCCAAGAUAUUAUGGCCGACGUGGAAAAUCGUCAAGCCUAGAGCUAGAAUUGUCGGAUAGUGAAGACAAAGUCCCCAUGGCAGCACCAAAACCAAUGGUUAUUAACAUCACGAGCAUGAACAAACCAAAAGCUGGGUUAAGUACAAAUUCUGGUGGCGGACACAAAUCAUUGAAAAUCACACCCCAAGAGCGGCUUAAGAAGAAAAUGCAAGCUUUACUGAAUAAACAAUAUAAAGCUGACAAAAAGGCAGAACAACUCAGGAUUGAAAAAAUGGAGCAGCAAAGACAAGACCGAGAAGAUGAAAUUCGGGAAAUGUCCUUGAAAUUACGUAGAAAGCAAAGAGAACGGAGACACCGUUAUGAAGGUCAUAGUUCUGAUUCACAUUCCUCUGUAUCGCGCACACCAAGUCCUGGGCGUAGUCCACGAAUCGUGCGUCGAGAAAGAAAAGGAAGAGAUACGAGAGAUUUCGAAAAUGAUCGUGAACGAGAAAGAGAUAGAGAAAGAGAUAGGCGUGAUGAUAGAGAAAAAUUUAGAACCGAAUCUCGUCGAAGAUACAGAGAUUCGCCACUUCGUUCUUUAAGUCCAAGAAGUAGCCGCGGCCUAGUCGAUUAUUGACAAGAGAAUAGAUGGUUAAUCUUCCAUUUGAUGGAUUUAAAACUUUAUUAGACUCUUCCUGUAUUGCAUUCCUUCCGUAAAAUGUUACGAAUGUUUUAAGAAAGUGCGAUAAAAAAUAAUACACGAUACAAAUUGUAUUCUUAAGUAUUCUUUACUAU